CGGCCUCUGUGCCAGGCACGGAGCUCGGCGUCUGCGGGAGCGCCGGGGCUCCUGGCGCCGUAAAUAUGGAGCUGAGUGGCAUCACUGCCACCUAACCCGGCUCCUUUUGACUCCAUAUUCCCUUUGCUUGAAGGUGGUGAGCGGCCAAGAGGAGCAGAUCUUCCCCUAGAGGCACAGAUCAGCGGAGAGACCGGCUUCUGCCCCCCCGGGGAGCGUGCCUGGCCCUGCCCAUGGCUAGCAACAACACUGCCAGCAUAGCGCAAGCACGGAAGCUGGUGGAGCAGCUGAAGAUGGAAGCCAACAUCGACAGGAUAAAGGUGUCCAAAGCAGCAGCAGACCUGAUGGCGUACUGCGAAGCCCACGCCAAGGAGGACCCUCUAUUGACCCCCGUCCCGGCCUCAGAAAACCCCUUUAGAGAGAAGAAGUUCUUCUGUGUGAUCCUGUAAACCCUUGAGGAGCCUGACGGGCACUCAGGCCACCCUGAACACUGAUGUAGAGUUUUUAGGAAUGGGGACGACCUGCUAGUCCGCAGAAUUUAAACAAAAAUAAGUAAAAUACACGGCCUGGAAGCUACAGAGAUGUGCAUGUUUUAAAGAACCUGGCCACCUUUUGGGGGAAUAAGAUGAUCUGCAUUGUGAGGCAAAAGAUCUGAAGUCUGUAGAGUUGCCUAGAAAGAGAGAAAAAAAAAAAUAUGUAAAGAAUAAAUAUGUGUCACUUUUCUGCUCACAAAAA